GAUCCACACACAUUAUUUGGAAAGUGUAGGGACAUACUAACAAUGGCCGCGUUUCCCAGAUUCGUUCAUUUGUUUUCUAGCUUUUUUUCACCCGUCAGACUUUCCAAAUAAAACUUACAUGCGCAAGCUACGUCGGCGUGCUGCCCGAUGUUCAGUCAAACGGUGAGAGCAGAGAGCUUGCAGCUGGUUCGCUCUGGUCUGUCAGCCUACCGAUCACGACUAUGGAGCUCGUGUCGCUCUUCUCUUUUUGUUUAUUUUUUGGAAGCUCGAGGCAGUACCUGCUUACUAUCGGAGAAGCCCUCGAUGACUCACUGGAAAGGGGGCACACGAGUCUGAAUGAGAUGUUCCGCGAGGUGGAGAUGUUAAUGGGAGACACGCAGUUCAUUCUAGCGGAAGCCGUGGAUCAGAUGGCUAGUGAGAGUGCCAAGUCUUCUAUGACUGACUUGGAAAAGCUUGGCACACUUCUCAACGAUACCUUACACACUUCUCGGGAUGGGAACCACACCACUGACAAGUUUGGCAAGGAUUCUGACGGUAUUACAGAGGACACCUCCAGUAUGGAGAUGAAUGGCAGAUGGAAUGAUUUGGAUUAUGAGUGCAUGGUGGAUGAAGAUUGUGGAGCCUUCAGCUACUGCCUGUAUGAUGUAGACGCUUCCAGGUGUUUACCCUGUAGAGCUGUCGACAUGACAUGCAAUAAAGAUGAGGAGUGUUGCUCUGACAACAUGUGUGUGUGGGGGCAGUGCACAGUCAACACCACCAGGGGCACUGCAGGGAGUAUCUGUCAGUACCAGAGUGACUGCAGACCAUUGCACUGUUGUGCCUUCCAGAGAGAGCUGCUGUUCCCCGUGUGCACAGCCAGGCCCAGCAGGGGGGAGCCGUGUCUCAGCCACCCCAACCUGCUGAUGGACCUGCUGGCCUGGGACCAGGACGGCCCCCGUGACCACUGCCCCUGCGUCAGCGGCCUUCACUGCCAGCAGCAGGGGCGUGGUUCUCUGUGUGAGAAGUAGAUGGGAGACAACGUCACAGAGGAAGGUCUGAAUCUACUGUCUGACAGGAGACUGGAUGGUUCUGCUUUGACCAGAAACAACAUCUACCCCCUACCUUAGACCUUCCUGAUGAUCUGAAAAGAAUGGACUGGCAUAAGAAAGUGGGAAUGAUGAUGAAUUAGUUUGCUCGUGCCUGUUAAAAUACUUUUUUUACUCACAUUUUUUUUAUUUUACGAUGCAAAAAAACAUGAAGUCAAUCAGUCACAUUGGAGGAUAUACAUAGGAGUUGUUAAUUACAGAAUGGUACCGUUUCAUUCACAUUCACUUUUGUGUUCAGUUGCAUUUUCUCUAAUUUCAGUGUCAGACUCUUGGUAGGGCAGGUGUGAAUCGCAUUUAGACCAGCACUCUUCUCCAUCUUCUUUCUGUAAUCUCAAAUUGAAUUUGAUACUCUCCAUACUGUAGCCAAUAUGCUGUUUAUAAUAUCUGACGAUUGGUUCAGAGUGGGAGGCUCUCUAAGAAGCCAACCUCUUGUAAUUGUCUUCUUGCUUGCAACCAUGAGAAUCUUUAAUAAACACUUUAUCUCUGGUGUCCAGUUUACAAGGUAGAGAGACAAUAUUUAAUUGAAUAUCAAGUCCUAAUAUAGGCCUACUCUUAGUGGUAGCUUGAACAUCAGCCCAAAAAUAUGGGACAAACCAAAAUAUGUGAGUGAUCCGCCAUAAAGCGACCACAUUGUCGCCAGUAUUGGUCCCGAAGUCUACCCACAAACAUAUUUUGUGAGUUUUGGGGUUAGGGUCAGGUCAAGAAAAUGUAUGUCCUGAGUUGUAUUCACAAACUUCAAAUGAAUGUCUAUAUUUUAUUAAGAUAUAUAGCACGUUCAAAGGAUUUUCAGACAUGGACUAAGUAUGUCCACUGGGUGGCAGUAUUGUUUACAAGUACCCUCUGUCACCUCAUCCAGAUUAACAAGAUGAUUAGUUAGAGAAAACAAGUAACAUGAACAUUCUCAACUCCCUUUAUGCAUAUUCAAAUACAUGGAGAAAACAGGCUUAGCGAACAAGACAACAGUUAGAACACACCCAAGGUCAACCACCUUUUGUAUUCAACUUUUACACAAACAGACAUUUCUGUUCUCCAUAUGUUUAUGCCUCAAAGCCAAAUAUUGAAAAUACAAAGUAAAUUAUGAAUGCUGUUGAUUUAUUCAUACUCUCAUUUCCAUGUAAAUGUGACCUAUGGGAGAGAGGUUUGUUCCUCUCAGCAAGAUCAAACGCAAAACUGUUUAUGUUUUUCAGCUUUCUGCUGCAGUGAGAAUGUACAUGCAUUCAUGCUUGCCUAUUAACAACAAAUCUACUACCUUACAUCUCCUUUUGCCAUUUCCAUUUGAGAUUUUGUGAUGCUCUUGUGUGAAUACUGAACUUUAAUUUACAGCUGUUGUGUACAUUUCACAAAGCAUACACUUACUGUGAUGAUAGUCCCUUCCCCUUUUCUUUAAUAAAAGCAUUUGCAUGACAGAUA